AUGUUCUUGCUGGGCGGAUGUGGUGUGAUAACUCUUCAGGACCUUAAGUCUUACACCGUCAAGGUGGAAGACGCAGUUCGGAGAGUGCUCCACGACAACUUGACGGUGAUGGCGCCGCCGCCUCCUGCUGGCGGCAUUUUGACUGCCUUCAUGCUCGCGGUUAUGGACAGCUACCGAAAUCCGGAGGCGCCCAUUGUGAAGAGCUUGCCCGACAAUGACGAUACCUUUCACCGCCUUGUUGAGGUUACCAAGUUUGCCUUCGCGGGGCGCAUGGAGAUGGGAGACCCCGACCAUAUCGAUAUUAGCUCCUGGGUGAAGAACAUCUCUUCCUCCUCAUUCCUGUCCGAAGUGCGCUCGAAGAUCAAAGAAUACCCAGUCAGCGACUACCACUACUACGGGCUGCGCUACCAAGGCAGAGAGAGGCACAGCUCGAGUCAGAUUGUCGUCAUCAUGCCGGACGGCGACGCACUGGCGAUGAUGAGCUCUCUCAACAGCAAUUUUGGCGGACUGGCCUUGUCGCCGUCGACUGGAGUGCUGUUGAACAAUGUGAUGGAUGAUUUCGCGAACCCUGGCACCGCGAACGCUUUCGGCCUCGUGUCCAGUGCCACCAAUUACAUCCGUCCCAAGAAACGGCCUACAUCCUCGAUAUCGCCUCUCGUCAUUACGGCCGCCGACGGAAGCGUCAUCAUGGCCACCACGGCUACCGGCGCCUUCACCAUCUGCACCGGACUGACGCAGGUGGUGAUUCGGUCCUUAUGGAUGAACCACACUGUCAAGGAGGCCCUUGACGCUCCUCGAUUACACCACCAGCUACCCGCUCCAGAAGUGCUGGCAGAGGAGGAUAUCGACCUGGUGACAGCUUUCUUGAUAUCACAAAUGCACGUCUAUUGA